AACACAUGGCAACAAGAAUACAACCCAAUACCCAGAAUACAAGCUCCCUGGUAUAAAGACCUCGACAGUACAAUUACUAUAGAAGAACUUCAUAUAGCUAUAAAAGAAGCACCUAGCAACAAAGCAACAGGCCCACAAAACAUAUCAAACAAAAUGCUAAAACAUCUCGAUGCAACAGCACUAUCUUUACUAUUCAACAUCUUCAACGCCUGCCUAAAUCUACAACAAAUACCA